AUGCCAUCAACACCAAUACAAGAGAUUGAAACACAACGCUAUGAUGUUUGGAAGACUGGAGAGAUUCACGACAACGCCCAAAGAAUCUGUGAUCUUAAUGGAAUGAAUCUUUUCGGACAUCAAACGCCAGCGUCUGGGAGUGAUGAGGUACGGCUUAUUGAAGCAGCCCUCAGCGUGGACUCUUAUUAUAAUCCCCCCAUGCCCAAUCGCGAUGUCUUUUUCUCUUAUUAUCCCUAUUUACGAGCGCCAAACCUGCAGCGCCUGCAAUCCGCCGAUCGAUCGUUCCUAGAAUCCCAGAAAAGUCUCCAUGUCCCAGCCGGGCCCAUCCUCGACGCCGUGAUGUCUCGCUACUUCCUAUACGUCCAUCCUUUUUGCCGGUCAUCAACGAGGCAGAAUUCUGGCCGAUCCUCCACCAAGAAGCGACUGGGAGGUCUGUAUGUUUUCAUUUCCAAGCCCUUGAGCUAUUUCACCCUCAUAAUCCUGUUCGAAACUGAAUUGUGUCAUCAGUACAUCUCGUUGGCAGAUGCGAAGAAAUGGGGGGCCGAGUCAAUCUUGGAAAUGCGCAAUUCAUUUUACCGGCGCGCUAAGCUCCUUUACGACUUUGGUGUCGAGGAUGAUCAUAUGCGCAUCGCUCAAGCAUUAACCCUACUGACCUAUCAAAGCUCCGGGACCGACCAUCUGAGUAACAGCACCUGGCUUGGCCUUGCAAUUCAGCAGGCUCAUCUUGUAAAUGCUCAUCUUUAUCAUCGCUGCCCUGCAGAAGCGAGAUAUAAGCGAUCAGAGCUUAAGCGUCUGUGGUGGUGUCUUAUCAUCCGUGACAGGAUCAUCGCGCUAGGCAUGCGACGGCCGCUCCAGAUCCUCCCAGCUCGGUUUGACGUCGUGUUUCGAGAACCAUUGCUAAUAGAGGACCUAUCUGAUGAGAUCGAGUCCUCCCAAGUCUAUGACCCUGAGACAAAAAAGAUACUUUGCAAGAUUAUGACAAGCCUGUGUCGACUUGCUGCCUCAUUGACAAAUCUCAUCAUGACCCUUUAUCCCCUGGACCCAUUCCCGGAUUGCCAAGGGAGUCAAUUGGCUGAUAUAGCUUCAAUUGAUGAUAUACAGGCGCGGCUUCAAUAUUGGGAAUCCAAUCAUAUGCUCCGGCCGUCGUCCCAAGAUUCUAACCACCAUUCAUCCGUUGCUUUCUUCAAGCAGCUAACCGCCUUGUACUUUGAAUCUGCUCGCUUGGCACUUUAUCAAUAUAUUUCUUUCCGCAUACAUCGGAAUCAACGCCCGGACGAUUGGCCAGACCUGAUGGACGCGGUCACGGCCAUCCACGACGUGGUCAAAUGUUUCGUGGCUGAUGGAACAGCGGGUCAUUUACCAAUCAGUGCAGUUGCAUACACAGCUUUACCACAGAUGGUGCUGAACUUGAACCUCCGACUUUCGAGUGACACAAUAACUCGUCGACGCCAAGAGAAUGUCCUGAGCAUCUAUAUGGAACUAAAUCGACAAUACGUCCUGCGUUACGACGUCUCCCAUGUCAGUACCUGGGUAAAUCGAUUCGUCAGCCUGUUUGAAUUAUCUCUAUCGCCUAUCAAGCCACAACUUGCAGACCUGGCUCGACGACAAAGAGUGUUUCCUGGGAAAGAUUGCUUGUAUUUGCUUGAGCUCGAGCCUGAGUUAUACUUCAAGAUUGCAGGAAUGAUGGACGCGUCGAUGGCGAGUGGUCAUUUGGCGCUUGAGUAUUCGGGAACUAAAUUGGGAUUUCCAUCGACAGAUCUCUCGCUGUCGCUUAUGGGAUCUGAGCGUUCGGGUUUUCCAGAGGUUAUUUCUUCUGAUUCUCCUCAGACUGGGGAGAUCUUGCCACUUAAUGAUGAUUAUGUUGAUAAGGAAGACGAGGAUUCAUACAUGGUGGAUGUUACUUCGAUUGAACUUCUCUCAAGAGGUUUGGGGCUCUUUGGAGAGUAA